AACGUCCCUGGCCGUCCCAGCGGCGCGUUGGGCUCGUCUCCCUCCGCCCAGGCCGCCUUUCGCAAGGCCGCGGCUCGCCUCCGCCGGCAGAAGGGCCGGUAGUCGGCCGCAGCCGCUGGAGGAGCUCGGCGGGGCUGGCGGGGGGCAGAGGUGCCUGGACUGCACUCAGGGAUUUCCUCUGUUUACGUGUGUAACCCAAAGCAAGAGUUGUUCUUGUCACCCCUUCCUGUCAGUGUUUGUGAGAGAACUGAGAAGAUGGUGAAUGUUCUGAAAGGUGUUCUGAUUGAAUGUGACCCAGCAAUGAAGCAGUUUCUGCUCUACUUGGAUGAGUCAAAUGCAUUGGGAAAGAAGUUCAUCAUACAAGACCUGGAUGAAACUCAUGUCUUUGUAUUAGCCGAGUUGGUUAACUUCCUCCAGGAGAGAGUGGGCGAGUUAAUGGACCAGAACUCUUUUCCUAUUACUCAGAAGUAAAAAGACUAGAGAAAUGAGAUUACUGCGAGUUUUGGAAUAGUGUAUUUCAAUAGCUUGGGUUGUUACUGUUUUAAUAGAUACACUGUGGUUAGUAAGUUCUACAUGGAAGUGGUUACUCUAGAAAAUGGAUCAUUUUCAUAGGCAAAAUACUCUUGAAUUGGAUUUUAUUUCUCAUUUUGAAAGAUUAUGGUAUCUUUAUUAAAAUCCUUAAAAUGAUACACUUGAGGACUUGCCUAGAAAAUUUUUGAUGCAUGCUCUCUGUUUUUCCUUUAGAAUUUUUAUCUUGCAAGGUGUUAUGACUCAAAAAUUAGAGUAGUGUUUCUGUUUUGGAAUGCUAUAUGAACUCCUCUGGCAUGUUACAUUCCUGUGGAAUUGAUUAAAUCUGGUUAUAGUGUGA